UAUUUUUCCAAAGGAUUGAUUACUGAAAAUUGUUUUUCUUUAAUAAAGUGGACAGGUUCGUGCUGCACCAUGAAGGUGGCAGGGAUAUUUUUGUUGUUGAUGCUGUGGACCUGUGAGGGUGCGAGAGUCGCAGAGAGUCGAGAAGACAACAGUGUGUUUGAUUUGUUUGAGCUCAUCCGAAUCCCGAGCAAGAACCACGGGGUAAGCCUGGUGAAAGGAGACGACCCAUACAGCCCCGCCUACAGGAUCUUAAACCCGGACCUUAUUCCCCCUGUCCCCGAGAGCGCCUUCAGGGACCUGGUGGACUCGGUCCAAGCAGAGAGAGGUUUCCUCCUUCUGCUCAACUUCAAGCAGUUUAAACGGACGAGGGGCAGCCUUCUGACCGUGGAAAAGCGAGACGGCUCCGGAGUCGUCUUUGAGAUCAUCUCCAAUGGCAAAGCCAACACCUUGGACAUCGUUUACUCCACUGAGAAAAAGCAGCAGGUGGUUUCCAUCGAGGAAGUGGAUCUGGCCACGGGUCACUGGAAGAACAUCACGCUGUUUGUGCAGGAGGACCGCGCGCAGCUGUUUACGGGAUGCGAGGAGGUGAACACCGCUGAGAUGGAUGCGCCAAUACAGAACAUCCUGACGCAGGGAACGCCGGCCGGCGCGCGGCUUCGGGUCGGCAAGGGGGCAGUGAAAGACAAGUUCAUGGGGGUGUUGCAAAACGUGCGGUUUGUGUUUGGAACAACGCUGGAUGCGAUCCUGCGCAACAAAGGAUGCCAGAAGGCUGCUCCUGGUGAAACAAUGAUUGCGAAUAAUCUGAAUGGCUCAUCCGCCAUCCGAACAGAGUACAUUGGACACAAGACUAAAGAUCUACAGAUGGUCUGUGGCUUCUCCUGUGAAGAUCUCAUCAGCAUGUUCAAGGAGCUGAAAGGCCUUGGUGUGGUUGUCAAAGAACUGUCCACUGAGCUCCGCCAGCUGACAAAUGAGAACAAGCUUAUUAGAACCCACAUGGGCAUACAUAGUGGCAUCUGCUUCCACAAUGGCAUUAAACACAACAACAAAGAUGAGUGGACCGUAGAUGACUGCACUGAGUGCACUUGCCAGAACUCUGCCACUGUGUGUAGGAAGAUCUCUUGCCCUCUGAUACCCUGUGCUAAUGCUACUGUUCCAGAUGGGGAGUGCUGUCCACGAUGUGGAACACCGAGUGACUAUGCAGAGGACGGCUGGUCGCCCUGGUCUGAAUGGACCCAUUGUUCUGUGUCAUGUGGGCGGGGCAUCCAGCAGCGAGGGCGCUCUUGCGACCGUAUCAAUAAUGUCUGCGAGGGCACCUCUGUGCAAACCCGUGAUUGCUAUCUUCAGGAGUGUGAUAAACGCUUCAAGCAAGACGGAAACUGGAGUCAUUGGUCCCCCUGGUCGUCAUGCUCUGUUACCUGUGGUGCUGGUGUCAUCACUCGUAUCCGCCUCUGCAACUCUCCCACCCCUCAGCUGGGAGGCAGGGACUGUGUGGGAGAGGGCAGACAAACAGAAAAGUGCAGGAUGUCUCCAUGUCCAAUUAAUGGGAACUGGGGACCCUGGUCACCUUGGGGUACAUGCACCCUCACCUGUGGUGGUGGAGUACAAACCCGUAAACGCCUUUGUAAUGAUCCUGCCCCAAAGCAUGGCGGUAAAGAGUGUGUUGGAGAUGCAAUAGACAAACAGAUGUGCAAUAAGAAAGCUUGCCCUAUAGAUGGGUGCUUGUCCAACCCCUGCUUUUCUGGGGCCAAGUGCAGUAGUUUCCCCGAUGGUUCCUGGAAGUGUGGAAAAUGCCCCAUCGGCUACACAGGCAAUGGCAUAAGGUGUAAAGAUGUUGAUGAGUGCAAGGAGGUCCCAGAUGCUUGCUUUGAAUUCAAUGGCGUACACCGGUGUGAAAACACAGAGCCGGGAUACAACUGUCUCCCCUGCCCCCCUCGCUACUCGGGACCCCAACCGUUUGGCAAAGGUGUGGAGCAAGCUGCUGCUAACAAACAGGUAUGCACACCGCAAAAUCCUUGCCUAGAUGGAAGCCAUGAUUGUAACAAAAACGCCCGCUGUAACUACCUCGGACACUUCUCCGAUCCCAUGUUCCGCUGCGAGUGUAAGCCUGGUUAUGCUGGCAACGGUCAUAUCUGUGGGGAGGAUACAGAUUUGGAUGGAUGGCCCAAUGCUGAUUUGGUGUGUGUGGAAAAUGCUACUUACCACUGCAAAAAGGACAACUGUCCCAAUCUUCCAAACUCAGGGCAGGAAGAUUAUGAUAAGGAUGGAAUUGGAGAUGCAUGUGAUGACGAUGAUGAUAAUGAUGGCAUUCCUGAUGACAGGGACAACUGUCCGUUCGUGUACAAUCCCAGGCAGUAUGAUUAUGACCGCGAUGACGUUGGGGACCGCUGUGACAACUGCCCUUACAAUAGUAAUCCAGACCAGACAGACACAGACAACAACGGCGAGGGCGAUGCCUGUGCUGUGGACAUCGAUGGAGAUGGAAUACUGAAUGAAAAAGAUAACUGUCCCUAUAUAUACAAUGUUGACCAAAGAGACACAGAUCUGGAUGGAGUGGGAGACAUGUGUGAUAACUGUCCUCUGGAAAAUAAUCCCGAUCAGGUGGAUUCAGAUGAUGAUCGAGUGGGAGACAAGUGUGACAGUAACCAGGACAUCGAUGAGGAUGGACACCAAAACAACCUGGACAAUUGUCCAUACAUCCCCAAUGCCAAUCAGGCUGAUCACGACAAGGAUGGUAAGGGAGAUGCCUGUGACCAUGAUGAUGAUAACGACAGCAUCCCUGAUGACAAAGACAACUGUAGACUGGCAUUCAACCCCGACCAGCUGGAUUCUGAUGGCGAUGGCCGUGGAGAUGCUUGUAAGGAUGAUUUUGAUCAAGACAACGUGCCUGAUAUCUAUGACGUGUGUCCUGAAAACUUUGAUAUCAGUGAGACGGACUUCCGCAAGUUCCAGAUGGUUCCUUUGGAUCCAAAAGGCACCUCCCAGAUUGAUCCCAACUGGGUCGUCCGUCAUCAAGGCAAAGAGCUGGUUCAGACUGUCAACUGCGAUCCUGGUAUUGCAGUCGGUUACCAUGAGUUCAACUCCGUGGACUUCAGUGGAACUUUCUUUAUAAAUACAGAGAGAGAUGACGAUUAUGCUGGCUUUGUGUUUGGCUACCAGUCUAGUUCCAGGUUUUAUGUCGUGAUGUGGAAGCAGAUCACACAGACAUACUGGUCAAGUAAGCCCACCAAGGCCCAGGGCUACUCAGGCCUGUCCAUCAAAGUGGUUAACUCAACCACCGGCCCAGGAGAGCACCUCAGAAAUGCCCUCUGGCACACAGGCAACACUGCAGGACAGGUCCGCACUCUCUGGCAUGACCCUAAAAAUGUCGGAUGGAAAGACUUCACUGCCUACAGGUGGCAUUUGAUCCACAGGCCGAGAACAGGACUUAUUAGAGUUGUGAUGUAUGAGGGUAAAAAGAUAAUGGCAGAUUCUGGUAGCAUCUAUGACAAGACGUAUGCAGGUGGCAGGCUAGGUCUUUUUGUCUUCUCACAAGAGAUGGUUUAUUUCUCAGACCUUAAGUAUGAAUGCAGAGAUGCAUAACUUGAUGAUCAAAAUCCCCAGGGAAUACAUAUUUUUUGUAAAGUAACAACAUGAUUUUCUGCUGCUCAGUCCAGGAGCUGAUUUAUUUCCGCAUAACUUUUUUCUGUGCUGUGCACUCUCCAGUGGGUCGAAGGUCAUACUGUUAGCCUCAGGGUAACUUGAAGUAGGUUUGGGCAAAGCACCAAUUGGCCAACUUCUGGUUAAGGAUCAAAGAUUAUUGAGAGCUGAAAAAAACUUUGACUUUGCAAGAUGGACACCAACAAUGGGAAGGGUUCCUCUGAAAAAAGUGCACUUCAAAGCCUUUAUAAUAUACUCUGUUCCAUAUUUCCAGCCUGUGUGCCUUCCUGCUUUAUUUUUUUUGGAUAGACAUCCCGAAGAAAGAAAAACAUAUAUUCUAUUUUUCCCAGACUACUUAUUGUAUGGUUUGUAAGAUACAUUUGACGAUUCAAAGAGUAAAUACAGCAUAGUUUAGAAUGUUCUGCUGUUAGGGACUUGAAGUGAGUUAAGGGGUAUGUUAUGGGAGUAUGUGUUUAUUCAUGUACAGUGUGGAAGAUUAGCCAUGAAUGAAUAAAGAACGACUUUCCACCUAAGAAUCUCUGUUGAGUAGAGAAAUUAAGUUUAGCAUAAUUCUAGUUUAAACCUAAGAACCCUGAGCUUUGCCGAUAUUGCAUUUGUUUUUACUCAGGAUUAGAUGAAAGUGAUUUUCCAAGUUUAAACAAUGAAAUGAAAUCAGUUAACCUGGUAUCGCAAAGCCAAGAUUCCUUACAAAUUGACGAUGUCAUACACUUGGUCAGUGAAGAGAUUUCUUUCCCUCAACUUUUGAGGAUUUCAAGAUGAAAGGAUGUAAAUGCAUCUACCUUAUUGACUCUUGCCUACAGUGUAGGCAGCAAAGGAAGUACCAAAUAAGUAAAACUCCUCCCAAUAACAGAUUCUUUAUUCUAGUAAAAACUGAUAAACUGCUUUACAGGGUAAAUUGGGUAUUCCUCACUAAGAGCUUUUUUAUAUGAAGUUAGUGUGAUUUUUGUACCUUUUCUACAGAGAAAAGAUAUUUUAAAUAUACAAAUAUUACCUCAUUACUGUUUAUAACACGAUAAAACAAAAAUAAUAUUCAUUCUUUUGAAAUAACAGGAAUCCUAGUGCUACUCUGACAUGAGCUGUAUAUAGUUUUGUAUCUAAAAAAACAAAACUGAGUUCCCAGGGCCUUGAUGCACCCCAGAAAAAAUGUGUGUGGGAAGGAAGGGGUUAUAAAUAUGCUUUGUAACAAUUUUUCAGUGCUGUUUUGAGCAAAUAAAUUAUUGUUUUGUUUGUCAUAGCUGUUUAUGAGAGCUUGACUUGUGCGUGCGUGUAGAUACAUACUAUUUAAAUAAUUUAUCAGGAUGUGUUGCCUUGUUAAAGGACACUUCUGUCUGUAUAAACAGUUUGCACACUGACGCGAGGAUGUCCUGUUCUUUAUCUUUUUACCAUGUUUUGUUGUGUAUCUGUUUCUAUUAUUUUGUCUGUAUACAUUUUCCUAGUUGUAUAAAGCAAAAUGCUGUUUUUAUUCAUUGCAAAUUUUUGUUUUCCAACUUUUAGAAAAUAAAUAGCUGUUAAAAUGUAAA